CUCUUCUCCUCUCCUCUCCUCUCCUCUCCCCUCCGCCGCCGCAAUCCUCUUCUCCUUCCCGUCUCGUAAUUUCUCCCUGCAACUGGUGUCCCGCCCGCCCGCCCGCCUGCCUGCGUUUUGUUUCGUUUGUUAGUAGUACUAUGAAUCUUGGAGAGCUGGAGUGCCAGCAGACGCCAUCAACUGCCCCCGCCGCCUUCGUCGGUCCCAGUCCUCUCCUCGGACCGAUUCAGCAUCUGCUGAGCAGUUCUAACGGAACUUGGAACCACACGCACGCCGUCGCAAUGUAGUGGUAGGUGGAUUCUUGGCAAGAAGCGGAUUUUAGGCAGUUCCAGUGCGAUUUGCGGAUUUCGCGGCGGUUUAAUUAGGGACCAUUUUUACCCUCUUGGUACUUGCUGGUAGGGAGUAGUAGACUAUUACUAGUAGGUGGCUAAUGUUCUUGUUACCUGCCUUUGAUCGGUAAAGAACUAAAAACGAGAGCAUUUGAGACGCAUUUGCAUCGGCCUCCUGCUGCGUAGUAGAAAUUAGUUGAGACAUGUUUUUGUUUUCAAAAAAAAGUUGAGGCACGCUUUUGUCCGUGCGCUAUGAAAUGGAGUGUUGUGGGAGUUCUGUUUUUUUUUUCUCUGAAGAAAAUAUCAUUCCUCUUUUUUUUUUGUGAACUGCGUUUGCAUCACCCUUUUGCGGUUUUGCCACUUCAUCUUACUUCACUGUCCCGGUUGGUUCGCUGGUAUAUUACUUGUACAUUUGGUGGAAUCCACACUAUACCAGGUUUGCUGUUUUCUGUAAAACUCUAGUUAAUUUCAGGCUCUCAAUUUCUCUUCUUGUUGUUCAGUUACUCUCAAUGUUCUUUUCAUUUUCAACUUGAUCUGGAUGGUUGGGAAGGUGACAUUAUACCCUCUGCGACACACUUUCUGUAGGUUAAUUUGGAACACAAGUAACCCACGGUCCCGUCCAUAUCCAUCUACAGGAAACUGAACAAAACAGUGCAAAGCUUUGUUUUGAAUCAGGUUAUUGAUGUAUGCGGAAAUGGCCUUGAAUUUUUUUUAAAGGAGCCAGAUCACAAGCAUGGACAGGACAGCGAAUGUAGUAUUGGAUAUUGAGGGUCUGCAUCAACAACCUGAUAAAUGCUGCUCUGGAAGUCCAAAGAUGGCCAGAGCCUUAUCACGUAAGGGUUCAAAUCGCAUGGAGAGGAGAGGCGGCGAAGAGCAGGAGCCAGAUGAUUUGGCAAAAAAACUUAUCAUUAAAGUUGUGCCAUCUCAACUGGAGCAUCCUAAGUUGCCGCUAGCACAGAACAAAAUUUUGGUUACUCCGCAAUGUACUGCAUCUGCACCUGUUUUAACUGACCCUAUUGAAGGAAGGAGCAAAAGAUUCAGCCGACUCACGUCAUAUCAUCCCCGGAGAAUCCUUCUCUUCUUUGCAACCUUGUCGAGCCUCGGGACGAUGACACUGAUAUACUUCACGCUCGCCAUCAACAGCAGACCAGAAGCAUAGGCCCCGUCGUUCGUCCAGCAAAACGGAACAGCUACAAGUUGGGCAGGCAGGCGUGGGAGUGAUACAUUCCAUAGCUAGGAAGAAAGUCUUGUUUCUUUUCCGGAUUUUGUUUUGUUAAGGGUGAAAGAAGGAAGCUAGAGUACCUCCAUAGCCGAAUUAACAGUAGCAGCAGCAGUGAUGAUGCGUACAUACAGACUACAAUCAGGCUGUCAUUUCAUCUCCGAUAUGCUGGUCGAUCAGUCGGCGUUCAUGAUCGAUCUGCCCUGACGCUCA